UCGUGUCAAACUUUGGGAAUGACAGGAGUGCUGCAGGAUUCGCAAAGAAGGGGAAGUGUCGCCCUUGUUGGUCCUGUUUGGAUUACUUUGACUUCUUUUUACGCACAGUCUUUGGAUUCACGACCUUUCUACAGAUAGCACGGCCUCAGCACACUCCUCAGCCAUGUCGGAGGACCUGAGCUCCCAACCCUGGUCCAUCAACAAAGAUGAUUAUGAGCUACACGAGGUGAUUGGGAGUGGGGCCACAGCAGUGGUUCAGGCAGCCUACUGUUUACCACGCAAGGAAAAGGUGGCCAUCAAACGCAUCAAUCUCGAGAAGUGCCAGACUAGUAUGGACGAACUUCUGAAAGAGAUCCAGGCCAUGAGCCAGUGCCACCACCCCAACAUUGUGUCUUACUACACCUCGUUCGUGGUGAAGGAUGAGCUGUGGCUGGUCAUGAAGCUGCUCAGUGGUGGCUCCGUACUGGACGUGAUCAAGCAUAUCAUCUCACGAGGCGAACACAAGACAGGCGUAUUGGAUGAGGCCAGCAUAGCCACGGUGCUGAAAGACGUGCUUGAAGGCCUGGAGUAUCUACACAAGAACGGACAGAUCCACAGAGAUCUUAAGGCUGGAAACAUUCUCCUUGGGGAUGAUGGUUCAGUGCAAAUUGCAGACUUUGGCGUUAGUGCCUUUCUAUCCACAGGUGGUGACAUCACUCGAAAUAAAGUGCGCAAGACGUUUGUGGGAACACCAUGCUGGAUGGCCCCAGAGGUCAUGGAGCAGGUGAGGGGUUACGAUUUCAAAGCAGAUAUUUGGAGUUUUGGGAUCACAGCCAUUGAGCUUGCCACGGGGGCCGCACCUUAUCACAAAUACCCGCCAAUGAAGGUCUUGAUGCUGACGCUGCAGAAUGACCCCCCCACCUUGGAGACUGGCAUCGCAGACAAGGAGAUGGUGAAGAAAUACGGCAAAUCCUUCAGGAAGAUGAUCUCCAUGUGUCUACAGAAGGACCCAGAGAAAAGGCCGACAUCCUCAGAGUUGUUGAAGCAUAAAUUCUUUCAGAAAGCAAAGACUCAUGAGUAUUUACAUGAGAGGUUGCUUCAGAGGGCGCCCACAAUAGGAGAGAGAUCGAAAAGGGUACGUCGAGUGCCAGGCUCAAGCGGUCGGCUGCAUAAAACGGAGGACGGCGAAUGGGAAUGGAGUGACGAUGAGCUGGAUGAGGAAAGUGAAGAGGGCAAAGCAGCUGUUGCUGCCUUGAGGUCACCAAGAGUGAAGGAGGGAUCACAGAACUCUGAGGUUUUCCAGACUCCUGAGCCUUUAAGUAGUCAACUCCAGCCGAUGGCCGCGGGUCAGGCAGAACUACCUCAGGCUGCAGGUCAGAUUCCACUGCAGCCCACACCAGUCAACACUCAACCCACUGCCCAGGCUACAUCUCCCACACCAGGUGUACCCGCUGCUGCUGCUGCUGCUCCCACACAGGUGCAAGCCACCUCAGGGAAUGUCAAGGCUCCCAUUAGUUUGGUAUUAAGGUUAAGAAAUUCAAAGAAGGAGCUAAAUGACAUCCGCUUUGAAUUCAUGCCAGGGAGAGACACAGCUGAUGGUGUGUCCCAGGAGUUAGUGUCAGCAGGUCUGGUGGACGGGAGGGACUUAGUAAUAGUUGCUGCAAAUUUGCAGAAAAUAGUUGAUGAGCCUCAAGCCAAUAAAAAUGUCACUUUCAAACUGGCCUCUGGAAUCGAGGGAUCUGAAAUACCAGAUGACGUCAAAUUGAUGGGCUUUGCUCAGCUCAGCAUUAGUUAAACUGUUGUACUACCUGGGACCGUGACUUGCCUAAAAAAUGUGAAAAUUUAAAAAAAAAAAAAUAGUUAAAUGCAUUUUUUCUUUCGAUGGCUGUAAAGAAACCACUACUGCCAAAGAAAACAGUACCGUUUUGUCACCCAUAGGAUUAUACGACGACGCCUCGUCGAAUGAUGUGGUCGGCUGAAGUAUCAGAGCGUACAGUAUAAGAAUCACUCAAAAAAAAGUUUACAGCGUAUAUGUAGAAGGAUGCAAAUAUCUACAACAAACAGUUUUCCAUUCUGGUCUCCCUCAUCUUGUCAUUAUUUUUUUCUCUCUAAUAUGUGAUGCAUUUGCACAAUCUGAACUAACGCCCUUGAAUCCUGAUAAGUGUAACAAUGCCUUAUAUUCAUCAGAACUACUGAAUGCACGUUUUUUGGGGACGUCCCCAGUUACCAUAUGGAGCAUUAUGUUGUCUGAAAUGUACAAAUGUGGUUUCAACUGCUUGUGUUAAACUUUUUACUUUAUUUUGAGAGGAGGUAAGAUGCAGCUUGUAAUGCCAACUAGAGUUCUAAUUUAGGGGACUAAUGUACUUAACAAAUGUAGCGUGAAACCACUCCAUCAGAAGGAUGUGAACACUCCUAUCAGUAACAAUCUUUAAAGGGUAAGGCUAGUUUUAUUCUGUUUUCUUAUUGUCGACAAACGCAGUGAAAAGACCAAAACCAACAUAGUCUGUAUAUAAAUAAUUUCUUAAAACAGCUGGGCACUGUAGCUUUUAUCAAAUAUUACUCAAACAAAAUUAAGUAGUUUAUUUGUUGGGGACUAUUUUCAGCUGCGGAUUAAUACAUUUGGCGCUCUAGUGACCACAGCAGCAGGAUGGUGUAUGUGGGAUUGACCCAGAAUAAAGACAGUGCCCAUGCUCCUCAUGAACAAAGGUGUCGCUCAAUUACUACGUUUACAUGCACGAGAUACUCCGUUUUCCGCCCUUAUUUUGAAAGAAUCCUACUAAGCUGUUAAUGACUAAUGAAAGUGAAUAUUCAACCAAUAUUCCUAUUAACAUGCUCUAACAUGUCGCUUAUCACGUCAAAAUGUAGAACAGUGGAGCUUCUUUACUACAAAAUCAAAUUUUUUAAAAAUUUUCCACCAGUGGCGGACCGGUUGGACCAGUGAACGCAGCCUCCAUCUUUCAUUUCUUCAACCACCUUCUUGAAAAGGCCGGCGUUUCGAUUUUUGUGCAUAGCCAACAAAUUGUUGAUAUUCAAGUCUUAUACAGUGUUUAAAUUUAGGUGUGUUUCUUUUUUCUUGACCAGAAAUGUGGGCUGUUCUUGCAUCUCUAUCCCAGCACUGCAAACUGUUGACAAGUUGGUUUGUGUACAACAUAUCCAUGACAAUGCACAGAGCCGACGAGAAACAGACAAGUAAAAACUGAGGUAAAAACCUCAGUUGAGAUUCCAAAUUCACUAUAUACGUGCCCAAAUGCUAAUAAAACCUGAAUAAUACCAGUAUAUCCCACAUGUCUUGAUUAAAAAACGAUAAAUUCAGAAUCUGUGUCUUUACAUGACCUGUCUCAAAUUCAGAAUACUGUCAUAUUUGGAAUAAUAGUGGAAUAUUAAUGUGCAUGUAAACAUACCCGGUUAUAUAUCGUUAAUAGUAUUUGGGCAACAACAACACAAUUCAAAAAGUUGUGAAUAUUUCCAGUCUUAUCCUUUUAAAUAUUGAUACAACCAGAGUGAUUAAAAGCACAGUCUCCUGAUGAAAGCGAUAACUGUGAGACAAUUUAAUGGAGCUGGUGUGAAAUUAUUACACAUACAGAUUGUCCAGUAAUUCAAAUUGAUAUUAAGGUCAACAAAUGUUCCUAAUUUGUGAAACUUAGAUGAUUAGGGAAAAACUUCUGUCUUCAUUUUUACCGUUUCUAAAUUUGCCUCCUCUCAUUUCACACAGGACACUGGCCUGAUUAUAUGUUAAAAUUAUAAUAAAGUGAAAACGUCUCGCGUCAGCUGAAACCACACGUGUUGUAUGAGCAGAUGUGUCUGUCUGUUGGUAUUAGUUUGUGUCUGUUUGGAAUCAGUUUCUUAAAUUUGGAAGGAAAAAAAAGACUUAAGUGCAUUUUUGUUUAUGUGGAUGAAACAUAAGUACUUGAUUUAACCUCUAGUCUGUAAAUAAUGACAUUUGGCUUUGAUUUGUUUUUAUACUGGGUGUUUCACUCUCGGCCUUGUUUCUGUCCUAUGACACGACUGUGGGUUGUAGCCAUGCGCGAAGGAAGACGACGACACCGCAAAUUUGGCUUUGAACUCAUCCUGUUGGACAUACUGUUACUUACUCUGUCGUGUAUGACGCAUCUUUACAUUAAGAAGAAAAAGGUUUUCACUUUUUGCCUUUUGAGAAGUUUGAAUAUAUUUUACCGUGGAGCUACAGCUGUCCUGAUGCACUGCUUUAAUGCCACCUUGAAGUUCCCCCAAUUUUGACCUGAGUGACAGCAAAUCUGUCUCCAGCUCUUAAUAAUACCAAGUGGAGGCUGUUUACAGUACUUAUUUUAAUCCACCUCUGAAGUCGUGAAGCUGCUUUAUCACUUGUUAAUCAUCUUUUAAACGGCUAAAAUGAAGAUUUUACGUCCUACAGCUGUGAUUGUAGACGUUAUGAACGAUCAGAAAUGUGAUUCAGAUGCAGAAGGCCGUUAUCAGUGCAGUCACAUCCUUACAGCCUAGCCUCUGGAUGUUUUUGUGUAUUAGUGACACGGUUUGAUACUGAAUGUUCAACUCGCAGUUUUUGGCACCGACGGCAGUGGGAGGUUCGUUUAAUACUGCUCUAAUGUGUAGAUCAGAAAUGCCAGCAAGGUUUUACUGUUUCAUUAGGUGACGUGAAAAUGUCAUAACCCUCCAGAUGCCAUAUUGAAUGAAAAUGAAUGCAUUAUUUUUGCUUGCAGAUACAAUGUUAGGAGGACAUUUUUGUAUUUUGACUUUAAACAUGUUAAAAUUUUACGCUAGCCUUAAAUUGAAAACGACCAAGUGUUUUUUUUUUCUUUGUGGGUUUUUUUUUUUUUUUUUUUUUGAUGUAACAUUGAGGAUUUGAUUCAGAUUUUCAGUGUGUUUGAAUUGUAGUUCUUGUGACACGUGAAGAUACCUGAAUAAAGAUAUACAGGUGUGUCGACCCUGUGUUCUCCUCCAAGUGGAGCGACAACAGUCAGCAACCCAAUGUUACUUUAAGUUUCUCAACUGCAGUAUUUGGUGCCAUUCUCCUGGUUUAGUCUGCAGCUGUCUGCAGACAAGCACAGGAUAAUGUGUGAGUGUGCGUCUGAGUGUGUGUGUGUGUGUGUGUGUGUGUGUGUGUUGCGUUGAUUGAGCCCUGCUUCUAACGGAGUUGAAGACCUAAUGGCUUUGUUCUCAUCCUCUCUCCAACCAUCUCUUCUGUCCGGCUUAUAUGUAGUCUAACAAAGCUGUAGCAAAUGAACAGAUGAUCAGCAAAAACAGUUUGUCCAGGCAAUAACUCAUCAAGGCUGUAAUAUAUUUGAAUUUUCCACCUGUUUUUAGUUUUUUCAUUCUUUCAUUUGCUCUAUUUUGGAUCGUUUUAGAGUUCAAAGCAUGUUUCUCUUGAUUAUUUUUAAUCAAUAAAGAAUGAGCAUAUCAGCCUCCUCCAA